AUGGUUCGCUACGCUGCCACCGAGAUCGCGCCCUCCAAGUCGGCCAAGGCCCGCGGUGCCUACCUCCGAGUUUCUUUCAAGAACACCCGCGAGACCGCCCAGGCCAUCAACGGCUGGAAGCUGCAGCGCGCCGUCAAGUUCCUUGAGAACGUCAAGGAGAAGAAGGAGAUCGUCCCCUUCCGCCGCUACGCUGGCUCCAUCGGCCGUGCUUCGCAAGGCAAGCAGUGGGGUGUCUCCCGUGCCCGAUGGCCCGUCAAGUCCGCCGAGUUCCUUCUGCAGCUCCUGAAGAACGCCGAGUCCAACGCCGAUGCCAAGGGUCUUGACACCAGCGCUCUGGUCGUCAAGCACAUCCAAGUCAACCAGGCCCCCAAGCAGCGCCGACGAACUUACCGUGCCCACGGUCGUAUCAACCCCUACAUGUCCAACCCCUGCCACAUCGAGCUGAUCCUUACCGAGGCCGAGGAGGUGGUCCAGAAGUCCGAGGCUGUUGUUGGCCGUGAGGAGCGCCUGAACUCGAGGCAGCGUGGUGCGCGCACGCGCAAGGCCAUCACCGCCUAA